GAAUUUAUACAGACGUGAAAAGAAAAGAACGUUAGUAAAACUUGUCAAAGCUAUUUGUCAUUAAAUAUGUAGUAUAUUAUCCCUUAAAUUUCUUAAAAUUCGAUUGCUUAAUUUACCAGUUCUUGAAACAAGCUAAGGCUUCUCAUGGCCAGUUCUUCAGUUGGACAUACAUAUAUUAUUACAAUUCAGUGAAGGUAACAGUAUAGAAUAUUACUAUGCUGGUUUGUGUAAACUAAAUAUAAAGGGUAAUCUUAGUGAUUAGUCAGAAGGACUCUAGUCGAAAGUGUAUAUCAAAACAACAGAACAAAACAGAUACGAAAACAGCCGAUUGAGGUUAGCUUGCAAAUCAUUUAAAGGCAGUAUUCGGCCUCUCAUUUUUAGUGUGAAAAAGACAAAGCACGGAUUUACAAUGUACGCAGUAGGAUGCAUUUGGGUGUUCUGCCUGUCGUUCGUUGCCUCUGCAGGCCUGACGACACCCAAGCCAACGCUGAACACUAUUCUCAGCACCACCAGCAAGACCACUACCAGUACCGCCCCCACCGUCGGUGAUCCGCUGCCCAUGGUGAUCAACACUUGGAACUUUUCAGUCGCCAAUGCGUUUGCCUGGCGAAUACUGAAGCAGAGCAAGGGAGGUCUCCGGCAGACACGCAAUGCCGUGGUUGAGGGCUGCUCCAAGUGCGAGACUAUACAGUGCGACCGGACCGUAGGAUAUGGCGGUUCUCCCGAUGAGAUAGGGGAGACUACACUGGAUGCCAUGGUUAUGGACGGCAGCACCAUGGAUGUGGGAGCUGUAGGUGGCAUGCGGCGCACCAAGGAUGCCAUUAAGGUGGCCAGAAAUGUCCUUGAACACACGCAGCACACUAUGUUGGUGGGCGACGCUGCCACAAACUUUGCCAGUGCUAUGGGAUUCAAGACGGAGUCGCUAACCACGCCCGAAUCGAAGGACAUGUGGCUGCAGUGGACAGCGGAGAACUGCCAGCCUAACUUCUGGCGAAACGUGCACCCCGAUCCCACGGUCUCCUGUGGACCGUACAGGCCCAAGCCAUCGGCCCUGACCCGCUGGAAGGAGGAUCGAGCCCGGACCGAGUACGAGAUCGGGCGCAACAACCACGACACAAUCGGCAUGAUCGCCAUUGAUGUGGAGAGCAACAUUCAUGCCGGCACGUCCACUAAUGGGGCGCGACACAAGAUCCCCGGACGCGUUGGUGACUCUCCAAUACCUGGAGCCGGUGCCUACGCGGAUAACGAGGUGGGUGCAGCAGUGGCCACUGGAGAUGGCGAUAUAAUGAUGCGGUUCCUGCCCUCCCUUCUCGCUGUGGAGGCCAUGCGGGCAGGAAAGAGUCCGGCGGAAGCCGCUGAAGUGGGCAUCCGUCGGAUCUUGAAGCACUACAAAGCCUUUAUGGGCGCCGUCAUAGCCGUGGAUCGUCUUGGAAACUAUUCCGCUGCCUGUUACGGACUGGAGGAGUUUCCCUUUAUGGUCAGCAGUAUGGCGAAGCCGGUUAACCAAACGCGUCUGGAAAAGGUUAAAUGCAUACCGGCGCAGGAAACAGUGACUGUGGUACCUUUGUAAUUACGCGAAAAAUGACAAACAAUAAACUUAAACGAGUUUUAAAUUCA